CACAAUUACGAGUGCACCUGAACGCCUCAAGGCGCGAGGAGACAGGAACAGGAAAAAGACAGAGCGUCAAGUUGUCCAUUGCUCUAUGUGCAUCAUAUAAACAAACAAGCUCCACGAGUCCUGGGCUCAACCGAGAAUGAUCACAGCCACUUGUGACUCCAUGAACUACAUGGUGCGGCUCAUUUGGGACCUGGGGCCUUCCUGAGAUGACCAAUGCAAAGGAUACGGUGAUAGCAAGCUAGCACUGGGGAUUUCUACGACCCAACUCAUCAUGGCUGGUUUAACUGAGGCUUAUGGGAGCCAUCAUCUCUACCUUCAAGGUACUCAAAGUGCGACCUCAUUCAACUACUGACGACAUAGCAUCACGUUCAAUUUGGGGCUCAGUAUCUUUCAUGGUCUGAGAAACAAAUCAGCAACCAUCAGGUUGGUAGACGACCACUCUACCACCUGAACCAUGCGGCCCCCUAUAGCGAGUGAAGGUGGCUGAGAGUGCCUAAGUCAAUCACCCUCUCUCCUCCCUGACAGUGUACCAGCUUUUUCCAGUGCUCACCUGCAGUUCAGGUUCAAUGCUCUGCAGGUUUGGGGCGAUUUUCAGUCUUCUGUGGUGGGAUGGGGUGCUAUGUCUGCAACACUGCCUCCAAGCUGUACAGGGCAUGCAGAAAAUGAAGUCGAAAUCCUUGCUUGCCAUCUAUAAACCUAUGCCAAACAUUUGCUGGACAACAGGGAAGCAGCUAGAAAAAUCAAACUCAACAUUGAGGCAAAACAUUAACUUCACACCAGUUAAGGAAACGCAGACACUGAAUUACACCCAGCAACUUAUUUGAGAAGAACAGCUUGACAACACAGAAAUCAAUUCCAAUCAACAAAAAAACUGGUUAGUAUAGGUAGGUCCCAUGACAUGCAUUGUUAUCUAGCUUAUACUAACUUGUUUGUGCUCAUUAGAAUGCACAGAAAAGGGAAAGAAAUAUGUUUCGUAUCAGGAUUGUGAAUGAUGGGCAAAAUUCCAAAAAAGUCCAUCAUCUGUGCAGCCUGUGGUAACUGAACGGUGGCCACAUAGAAAUGUCUGUUCCCCCAUUUAAAAACCAUAAGUGAGACAUACUGCCUCUAGGUCUAGUUGCAAUUGUGUGUGUGUGUGUGUGUGUGUUGCACGUAUGUGACCUAUAGCCUUCAGAAGAUGAAUAAUCCCCCAGAAUGCAUCUGCACGGCAACAUUGAAAGCAUGCAAAGCUCAUUGUCAUGCAUCACGUUGACAGCUCUUUCUAAUAUUAUUAGUCACUGUUUUAUUAUUUUGUGAUACACAACCCUUGUAACAUCUCAUUAGAUUGUGCAGGCGAGCCUUUUUAGGUGUCCAGGAUGAGUCAGCAGCAGCAGCAGCAGCAUCAUCAGGGAAGGCUUACAUAUUACACCUUUUUGAAUCAACUUGUGAUAACAUGGCGGCCCGCUAAUGGCUUUGCAAAUGAAGCAAAUAGGCAAACAUUGGUGCAGAUGCCGCCAUAAAACAGGUGGAUGAGUAGCCUAAAUCAACAAUAUGUGAAGAUGAGUGAUAUUGACAUGCAGAGCUUCGUCUUUUUCCUCAUGGGUUUGAACUUUGCUCCUCUCUGCUAUGUCCUCAGUGGAGUGAAUGCCUUACCCAGAUUACUGCUUUGUAAAUCAACCCCUGGGACUGGGAAAGUGGGGGGGGGGGCAAGUGGGACUCAGAAAGAGGUUGAAAGAAGCAACGAAAGAUCCUUUCAAAGAAUUACCAGAGCACUUUUAGGAAAGAGGCUGCAGCCAUGUGGAUGGAAACCAAAGCUGAUACGCAGAAUGCCAGCAGGAAGCCCACUAGCACCAUUCAGCGUUUGAUGAACAGUCUGAUGAUGGUAACUGGUGACAUGGAGAGUCUGGAUAAGUACAUGGAAGACAAGUGGUUCAUUCUGCAGCUGGCCGUGUGGGCCUUCAGAGGGGUCUCCCGGGUGAUUCUAGCCAACAACCCACUGAGUGGUGUGCUCAUGCUGGUCGCUCUCUACUGGGCCUCCCCCUGGCAAGGCCUGCUGGGAACUGUGGGCGUGAUGACCUCCACGCUGACAGCGGUCAUCUUAGGACAGGACAGUGCAGAAGUAUGCGCAGGCUUGUAUGGCUUUAAUGGCAUGCUGGUGUCUUUGCUAAUGGGAGUGUUUAACGCCGCUGGAGACUGGUACUGGUGGCUGCUGCUGCCGGUUUGUUUGGGUGCUGCUACCAGUGUCUUCCUCUUCAGUGGUUUCUCGCCCGUGUUGGACCGCUGGGACUUGCCAGUUGCAGUCUUUCCCUUCAACGUGGUCAUCAUCCUCUACUUCCUGUGCAGCGGCCCUAAUAAUCCCUACUUCCCGCACCUUGUUGCUAUACCGCCGAGCUCGCCCCCGCCCAACAUCACCGAGCUCAUCACUUCUGAGGUGUUGCGAGGCAUCCCUCUCGGCGUGGGCCAGAUCUUUGCCUGCGGUGCCCUGGGGCCCUCGCUGCUCAUCUUGGGCGCACUAUGCCUUUACUCCCCCCUGCAGGCUUUGCACGCUCUGCUUGGCUCAGCAGUUGGAACACUGGCCGGUUUAUCUGUGGCGGUGCGCCAUGAGUCCCUCUACUGGGGCUUGUCAGGUUUCAAUGGAGCGCUGGGUUGCAUGGCUGUUGGAGGACUUUUCUUCACCUUCAGCUGGAGGACUCACCUGUUAGCCAUUGCUUGUGCUUUCCUCUCUGCUUAUUCUGACAUAGCGUUGAGCAAUCUGCUGGGUACUGUGGGUCUCCCAGCAUGCAGCUUGGCAGCCACACUGACUACCACACUGAUGAUGCUGCUGACGGGCAGUCUCGCUGCACACCGCCUCCCCCUGGCACGGGUUCGGGCCCCCGAGCAGAACCUGCGCUCCCGCAGCCGAUGGGAAGCCGGCAGCACUGCGGAAGCAGAGAGCACCGACGUGUAAUUACAGACUAUUUUAUUUUAUCAACACUAGAACCCUGAUGUUGAAUUGAGGUUUUAUAUUGCAGUUUCUCAUCUUGCCCACAAGACGGCAGUGCAGCUAGUAAUUAAUUUUCCACCUGGAGAUAAUGCAGUACAUAGCGCUAUCCACAAGAUGGCAGUGCAUCCCAACUUAUAGCCCAUAAAAUAGAAACACAUCUAAAUGUUGCUGCUGGUGUAGAAAUACUCAAACCCCUUGUGUGUUUCUGCUCCUUUAACUAGAGAAAAAUGCAAUCAUACACAUACAUUAUUAAUAAUAUAGGAUCAAGGACAAAGCGAGGUGAUUCUGGUUACAUUUUAUUAGGUCAGUCAGUGAAAAUAUUGUUGAAAUGACAUUUUUCACUGCAUGCGUGUAAACUCAGUGAGAAACACAGACACUGUUAACUAUUAUUUUUUUCACAGUGGUCCAAGUUGCCUUCAUUAUUUGUCAAUAUACUGACCACCAUUAUUCCCCAUGUAGCCAUAUUAUUAGCAAUUCCAAUUUUUGUAGUUAGUCUACAUUUUUUUUCCUUUAUCACAGACAGUGCUGAUAUGUGAUGAGUUUGGUUGUAAGAACCAUACAAAAGUGCCUUUUAGUGUGGAAUUGAUUGGUUGAUUGAUUGAUUGAGCAUAAUUGUAGAAAAGAAGCGAAAGCAAGGUAUAAAUACAAAACUGCUUUUUCUCUUGCAUGUGUUACAAGAAAUGAACAUUCUUAGUGUGUACUUUCAGUUCAUGGGUGAAGUGUGCAAGCUGUUGUGCUUCUUGUGUAUUUGUGUGUGUGUGUGUGUAAUGUGUUGGUUCGUUUGCCUAUUUGGGAACUUAUUCCGAUGAAAGGCAGAAUGGUAUCUCCUUAUCACCGGUGAUUGAAUGAUGUCAAAUGAAGGUUUAAUGAAUUAAACCUAAUGCAAAUGUA